CCCUCCUACAUGUAACUAACAUGGAAGGGAUGACUCUAGAGCAGAUCCGGCAGCGCCUUUGCUGGCCUGUUCUUAUGCCUGUUACAAUUGUUACCUAUUGUUAGCCCCGGCCACGCCAGAUCACGACGACAAACGACCUGAAUACCUCGCAUCCGCCAGGCUAUUGACGCCACGCAUGUCGACCAGCUUCUUCCAGUGCCGUUCCAUUCACACGAGACGGACAACACCGAAGCUGAAGUCGCCAGACUGCGAGAAUCGAUUGGUUUAGCGAUCAACUAUUGGGACUUUGAGAGCUGAGUCCUGACUUCAAAGUUCAAACCCAUGCUAGGCGCCAUCGCCAUGCACGCUGCGAUGGACCUGGUCUUGGCCUUGACAGACAGUCGGCCACGAUGUCGGAGAAAGCGUAUAUAACCAGAGAAGGACUUCGCAUCUUGCUCUGGCUCUUGUCCUUGCUUUGGCACCGGCAACAUGAAGCACUUUUUGUCCACCCUCCCCCUGGCUCUGAGCCUCGUCGCCUCUGUCGAGGCCCUGCCCCAGGCGGCGCCUCAGUGCUCACACAAUAACUGCCUGCGCGCCGUUAUCGCAGGCUCGUUUCCGAACCGCCCUACCCAGGCCGACUGUUCGUCGUUCCUCCGCAAGACUGUCACACCCGCCGCAUACACCGAGACGCUCUGGGAGACGGUCACUCCCGUCACUGAAACCGCCACAAGCUACAGCACCCAAGUCGCUACCGAGCUGGAGACGGUCACCGUCUUGGAGACUAUCGAUGUCACGACCCAGACCGUCACCGCCACGGUCACCGCGGACCCUGCCAUCGUCAGGCGCGACAAUGGAAUCGACCAGCAGGAGAAACGCCAGGUGACCGUCCAACCGUCGGUCAUGCCCACCUACGCCACCGCCUGCCGCAGCGUUGAGGCCUACUCGUCGGCCUGUUCUUGCAUCGGCAUCAGCCCGACCACCGUCACCGAGGCGACCCCGACCGUCACGGUCACUUCCACCUCGACAGUCACCGCCUCAACCACCAUCGGCCUGGUCGAGACUGUGACGACCACGGGAACUGUGGCCGUCACUGACACCGAGUCCCGCAUCGUAACCACCACCACUACCAAGACUGUGGUGGCCCCUCCUCCUUGGGAGACCUUUGUCGUCCGUGCCGUCGGUGGCCGCGUCAAUGGACAAUACGUCUACUCCUGGCAGUACGACUCGACCAGGAAUUCUUUCCUCCAAGCCUUUACCAGCCGCGCGGGUGCUACGCAGUACCACAUGAGCUCUCCAGACAACAACGCCCUGAUGACGGAACAGAACGCCCAGUUCGGCGCGCUGGACGUCUCAAGGGCUCAAGGGGCGUUCGGUGCCACCUGGAUGGCCGACGCUGCUAUUCGUCAACGGGAUUCCCUCGUGACAAUGGGCUGCCAUAUCUCUGAGGAUGACUGGGAGCUCAAGUGUGCCUAUGACACAAACCAGGAUUCCUGGUACGCCUGUCCGGUGAAUGGGAGGAUUGUCGCGCAGAUUGGUCCUCCAGGCUUUCCUACACCAAGUAGCUGGUCCUGCCUGCCAGUCAAGCUGUACGCUGAGCGCCCUUGAUGCGUGGGUGCGAGAUGAUUCCCACAGCCGGUUUGUCUGUGUAUGGCUUGACAACAGGAGCAGGAGGUUGCCAUAUAGAAUGCUAGUGAAAUUCUGACAAGCGAUAUAAUCAUGUAAGACCGACACCAGAAUGACCUCCAUGAAGUCUGACAGCAAACCCAAGAUGAGCUACUAUAUCAAGUCAUGUUAAGGUUGGACGUUGACGGUGUACCGGGACCUCAAUAUAUGCCAACUUCCUGGGCGUCUGUGUCUCGUUAUCCUGCAAUGAGUAAAUGCCGGGGUCGAUAUAUAUGUCGCUAAAGCGAUUCAGUCUCCAAUAUGGACAUAGCCGUGUGUUAUAGCUUAUUGUGAGCCACCGUUUGAUGAUAGUGUAGUC